GAAGCAAUAUGGUUUUCUUUCCCUAUGUCAUUAUAGCAGACAAUAUACAGAGUAUUUAUCUUUUUCAUGUAGCAAAAUGUGUGUGUGUGUGUGUGUAUAGGGGUAAUAAAGAUAUCACCAUAAUAUAUUUUUUAGAUUUUAGUUUACUUAAGAGAUAUAUAUGAUUAGAAUUCACUUGGGACUUAACAGCUUUGUAACUAGACAUAUGCCUUCGGGAAAUAGAAACAAGUAGUUUCACAAUGUUCAUUUUCAGCAAAGGACUGCAUUUACAUUUCUCCAUAGGAAAGCCAAGAAAGUGACGGUUGUGCAUUCAGACGCUCUUGCCAGUAUCUUGCUAUGGAUCUUAACAUUUUCAAAAUGUAUUAAUGAUUUCUUAGCACCUCUACUACUUAGCUAAGCAUAUUCUUCAUAAGAUAGACCAUGAUACAAAAUUCAAGUGGAGGGCUGUCAUGGCUCUGCUGAAAGCAAGCACAGUUAUGGGGCAUAAUCUUUUGGCAUUAGAUUAAAAUGCUCAGUGUACAUUGGAAGAGUGACAAAUCAACCCCCUAAAACUGCAUCUUUUUAUAAAAGUGUCAUUUCUGAAAAUUUGUUGUUUUAUGAUCGAAGGAGUGACAGCUUUCUGAGUCGCUUACAAGGGUGACUGCUGCUCCGGGGGUUGCCGGUGUGUAUCACGGGACUUCUGAUAAGCUGGCUGGUGUCUUCAUUUUGUGGUCCAGUAGAAGUUGUUUCCUCUCAACUCGGUGCCCGCCAUCUUGCCGUUGCUGUGGGCCUUGGGACCUGUAAUCUGCCUUCGAUCAUGUUUAAAAGGAACAACUAAGAGAAGUGAGAAUAAAUCCACCAGACACUGAUGUAAAGUUUGGUUGCAACCUACUCCGGAUCCAAUCCCAAACUGCCACUUUUUCUCCAGGAACAAAUAGCAGAAGAGAGAGGAAUAUACAAAAAGGAAAAGACAUAAAGCUAGCUUUCGCUGAAACCUAUUCCAAACCUGACCCAAAAAGAGCGUGGGAGUACAAACAUGAAGGCAUUUAUGUGCCAUUCGCAGGGUUUCCCUACUUUGAUGCUGUUGGUUCUCUGUUCCAUGUUUCUUUUCCUACUUGUUGCAACGCCUGAAAGGGAAGUUUCUGAAGUCUCUCCUCUGUUAUUAAAAUUGUUCAGCAAUCCCCAAAGCAGUCCAGGUUCGGCACAGAUGCUUCGAAGCAUCCCAGAAUUUGAAUGGGAAUCUGCACUUGAAUUGGAGAAGAAGAGAUUCCUUGCCCUGCAAACUCCAGCACACCCAACAGCAAGCACACGCCACCCUUUAGAGGUGGUCUAUUCUGACGGGUAUAAAUUCCGUCUCAAUGAACCAGGUAAGUGCCAGAAGAUAUCCCCUUUCCUGGUCUUGUUUGUAAUAACGGAGCCGCAAGAUAUUGCCAAAAGGGAAGCCAUCCGGAAGACAUGGGGCAAUGAGAGUUCUGUGCCUGGUGUCUCCAUCCUCCGGCUCUUUUUGACCGGCCUCCAUCCCCGCUUCGGAUCCCCACUGCAGAAUUUGCUGGAAGAAGAGAGCUCCAUCUACAGAGACAUUGUCCAGCAGGACUUCCUAGACACCUACAACAACCUUACUCUGAAGACUCUGAUGGGAAUGGAGUGGAUCAGCAAGUUCUGUCCCAAUGCCUCGUAUGUCAUGAAAGCAGACAGCGAUAUCUUUCUGAAUGUGGAGUACCUGGUGUCACAGCUGCUACAUCCCCACCUGCCCCCCAAGAAAGACUACAUGACGGGGUACAUCUACAGAAACACAAAGCCAAUCCGUAGCAAGGCCUACAAAUGGUAUGUGCCACGGGAGGUGUAUCCCAACGACACCUACCCACCCUACUGUGGAGGCCCCGGGUAUGUGCUUUCUGGGGAUCUGGCCCAGAAGAUCUAUCAGGUGGCUCAGACCAUCAGAAUAAUCAACAUGGAAGAUUCUUUCAUAGGAAUCUGCCUCCACAAACUGGGCAUCAGUGUGACAGACAGCCCCUGGGGCCUCUUCAAUGUCUACAAGAUCACCUAUGAGAAGUGUCGAUUCUCUAAGGUCGUAGUUGUACAUCACUUUGGGCCUGAGGAACUCCUGCAGAUUUGGCCUAACUUUCAGGAUCAGAAUGAAACUUGCAAGAGCUAAAGGCACAGAGAGAAGAGCUCUUGUGGAAAUGCUGGCAGGGAGGACUGACAACAAUAUGCAAACCAGCACAUACAGCCUUAGAUAUUUACACGUCGUGACCCAGACAUAUGCUGUCGACUUUGUGCAUGCAGAAACAUUAGAAAGUGUUCUGUGUCCCAAUGUUACAACAUCACUUAGCCUAUUCCAUCGCUUUUAUGACUUCAAAAGGAAAUUUGUUACACAUAGGUUGCAAGUGUGCAGCCCAUUUUGUUUAUUUAGCAUUUACCACUCUUUACAACUUCAACUUGGGUGCUUUUUCAAUUUAUUCUGGACUUUGUCUGUACAAAGGACACUUUUACACAGUGACAGGGCCAAAACGCACUUGCAUAUCCGAACAUGCUUUCCUUGCUUACCCAAACAUUACCAACAUCUUGGCAUGGAGGCACAGCCUUGGAGAAAGGUAGAAUGUGAUGUGCGAUCACACACUGGUACUCCUAUUAUUCAUGUUUUUGGUUCUUUUGGAACUAGUACCGUAUAUACUUGAAGAUAAGCCGAGUUUUUCCACCCCUUUUUUGUGCUGAAAAAGCCUCCCUCGGCUUAUAAUGAGGUCAAUGUUAAGCGGGUCAGUGGAGCCGAGGCCAUUGCUUGCAAUACCGUAUAUAUUUCCCUCUCGUCUUACCCUCCCUUAUCAGUGUAUUUACUUUUCCAAAGUCUCCCUCACUCUAGGGGAAUGUUUUGAAAAGGGAAAGGAGGGGGAGAGACGUCCUUGCAAGUCAAGAAAAAGGAAAAAAAAUCCAUUAAGCUGAUAAAAGCAUUUCCCCCCGAAAUAUUUGAUAAUUUCUCCUAGAUAUAUAGGCAUUUCCCCGUGCAAGGCUUUGCAAUCCCUAUGUACCUAUAUAUCUCUAUCUAUCUAUCUAUCUAUCUAUCUAUCUAUCUAUCUAUCUAUCUAUCUAUCUAUCUAUGUACAUUAAUUUUAUAUAUGAAUUUUCCCCUCAUAUGUUUGCAGGUCUUUGCAAAUCCUAUAUAGAUAUAAUAGGAGGGAAAUGCAGAGAGAGGAUUUGCAAACAUUUCAGGGGGAAAUGCAUAUGUGAAAUUAGUAUAUAUAAUUAUAGAUCUAUAUCUAGCUCUGCAUUGUUUAUAUAGGCAUUGAAUAUUUGCCUGUGACUAUGUUGGAAGCUGGCCUGAGUCCCCACGGGGAAGAAGAGCAGGAUACAAAUGAAGUUUUAUUAUUAUAAAGUUAUUGUUGAUACCAUAUUGUUAUUGUUGACCCUAUUUUUCCACUUACAGUGCGAGUUUACUGUUUUUCUUUGAAAUACGGUAAAUUUUCAAAAACAUUUAACCCACUGAUGCCUCAAUUAAUGUAAUUUUAUUGGUAUCUAUUUUUAUUUUGCUAUUUACCAGUAGCUGCUGCAUUUCCCACCCUUGACUUAUACUCGAGACAAUACGUUUUCCCAUUUUUUGUGUUAAAAUUAGGUGCCUCGAUUUAUAGUCGGGUCGGCUUAUACUCGAGUAUAUACGGUAAUUGGAAAAAAAGACAGUACAGGGCUGCAAUCUCAUCAGCAGUCUUUGCUCACAACUUUUUGGCAAGUGUGUAUGGUAUUUUGGGAUGAAAAGCACACAAGGAGAAAAGUGACUUGAAGUAUGUCAUAUGUCUUUUAUAUCACUGGCGACAAGAGGCUGAGAAAAGACACUAUGGAUGGACUGGAUAUAGACGUGAUAAAGGCUGUUGGCGACUAUUUUGUUUACACUGAUACUAAGACUUUGCUUGAUAAUUUAUUUAAUGGUAUUUAUAAUGUGCUUGCAUUUAGAGAUUUCGAAGCUGCCCACAAUAAUCAAUAAAAGAUUAAAAUUGUCAAAAUGUAAAAUCAAGGUUCUGUAGAAGCUAAUAAAAAUAUACUGAAAUGC